ACACACAUAUAAGCAACUUAAAAGACUGGUGUGUGACUACAUUCAUAUCGAAUGAGGAAGGAAUCUUCAUGCACAUCUCUCAAAUAAUUUGCUUGAGGGAAUCGUGGAUUUUACAAUAUUCCAAUCAUAGAUCAGAAAGGCAUUAGGAUUCACAGCAGAGGAAUACACUAAUUAAAUGAAAAAUUAAUUAUGUUCAGUAAUUUACUUUUUGAAUUAAUUUACUGUACUAAGUUACUAAAUGAUAUUCAAAUGAAUUAUGACUUGAUUACAAGACCUAUUCAUCCAAUGGGCUGAUCCACAAGCGUGAAGAUAUAAUGAGUGAUAUGAUUAUUCUGAAACGAGGACGGGGUGAUUCCUGUUGUAGAUCUGUAUCUCGCUGAGAAAAUAUCUGUCGCAAUAUUUUUCAAGAGAGCUACAGAUCUGCAACUAUUAAAUUAAUUAAUAAUAUUAGUGAUCAGUGCAAAAAUCAACUUGUACUCAGUAAGAUUUUUUAAAGAUACAACAGGAGGUUGUUUUGAUCCUUUGAUAAAUAGAUUUAUAGACUAUAAUUAUAUGAAGCUGUGGGAUUAAAGGGAGACUACCCUGUUUUUCUAGAGAGUAUACUUAUUGAUUAUGGUGUACAGGAAAAUGUGCUCCAUGUUUCACCACUGUGGUCAGUAUUUAUAGAUAGUUUAGCACAGUGAAAAAAAAAGCAUGGAGUCAAAACUUGUGGGACAGGAUUAGCAGUCGUAAGAAUGAUGAAAGUCAGAUAAUCAUCAGGCAUUACCCGCACUGUUAGAGAUCAUCCCUUGUCUUGUGCAGGAGGAUACAGAAACUUAACCAAUCAAAGAGUUCAAAUUGUCUGAGUGAAAUGAUGGAUUAUUCUACCAUGAAGGGUGCAUAUAGAGCAUAGGAAAAUAGGAUUGUUAUUUGGUGGCGCCCAGUGUUUAUUGGUGGAAUAGAGACCCAGAUAUGAGUUUAGGAGGAGACCACCGACCUUCCGAAAGUAAACUGGGAAACUUUCUCACUUACCGGGGCGAGCGGAAUUCGAACCCGCGCCGACCAGAUGUGAGAGGCCAUGUGAUUUAGAGCACGAUGCUCUAACCACUCGGCCACAAAGGCCUAUAAUAUGGCUCUAGUGUUGUGGACUUGAACCAAGAGAUGAAGGUGACCCAUCUGAUGUGGUUGGUGCAGUAUGCCCUACUGACAGUAGUGGGGCGAAUCUUGUGCCCCGUCAUUAGGCUGAUAUUCAGCCUGAUUUACAGGACCUCCUCCAAAGUCGUGGACCCCAUUGACAGCCCAUUAUGUCUCAUGUCAGCUGUUGAAUUGGCAAAGAAAAUUCGAUCACGCGAGAUCACUGCAGAGAAAGUAAUGCAGACUUAUAUAGAGAGAGCAAAACUUGUGAAUAGGGACUGUAACUUCAUUGUUGCAGAAAGGUUCGAUGAAGCUUUGCAAGAAGCCCAAAAUGUGGACAGAAUUCUUGACAGCAGAACGAAAGUACAGAAAUACUCCCCAGAAAAUGCCCCAUUCCUAGGUGUACCAACUUCCAUUAAAGAGGCCUUUGCACUGAAAGGGAUGCCCCAGACGUCGGGAUUAGUGAUAGUGAAGGAUUACAAGGCUACGGAGGAUGCUCCUGUUGUCAGACGAUUACGACAGGCGGGAAUGAUCCCAUACAUGGUGACAAAUGUUAGUGAACUGUGCAUGUGGUAUGAAUCAGCUAACAGACUAAAUGGGCGAACUUGUAAUCCAUACGAUACUGCUCGCAUCGUAGGUGGGAGCUCAGGUGGGGAGGGGUGUGCCAUUGCCUCAGGGGCCGCUGUGAUUGGUCUGGGGUCAGAUAUCGGAGGAAGUAUCAGGAUGCCCAGCUUUUUCAAUGGAAUAUUCGGCCACAAACCAUCAGUUGGAUUGGUUCCAAACGAAGACCAGUUUCCCUUGCCAACUGGCAAAGAUAUGGAGCUACUGACCACUGGACCCAUGUGCAGAUAUUCUACUGACCUUUUACCGCUUCUCAAGGUCAUGUCAGGACCAGAGGCUCAGCUAGCCAGAUUGGAUGAAAAGGUGGAUAUUAUGAAACUGAAAUUUUUUACAAUGUUUGACGACGGCGGCAGUGUUCUAGUCAGUCAUGUGGAACCAGAAAUCAAACAAGCACAGCUCAGGGUCGUUCGUUAUCUCCGGGAUACACUAGGGGUGCAAGUGGAGGAACUGAAAUUAAGUAAAGUGAAGUAUUCUUUUGAAAUGUGGGCUGCAAAAAUGGCGCUGUCAGGAGGAACGGACUUCGCGACCUAUAUGGCGAAUUUUGACGGUCGCGUUAAUUGUCUUGUGGAGCUGCUGAAAUGGUUACUGGGACGUUCACAUCAUACACUGCCAGCCAUCGGACUAGGGCUGACCCAAGGCCUCACGGCUUUAACACCACAUACCAAUAGGAAAAAUGUACAAAUUCUUAGCAAAUUAGACGAGGAACUUAAACACGUUUUAGGAAGUAAUGGGGUCUUGCUAUACCCUACCCAUCCUAAGGUGGCCCCUUAUCAUAACGAGCCUAUAUUUUAUCCUUUUAAUUUUGCCUAUACCGGACUAUUUAAUGCUUUGGCUUACCCCGUUACCCAAUGUCCGCUAGGGUUAAACUCGGAGGGUUUGCCACUGGGCAUACAGAUUGCAUCCACCCCCAUGAACGACCGGUGCUCUAUCGCGGUCGCAGUGUUUCUGGAAAGAGUUUUUGGCGGUUGGAUUCCGCCGGGAUGUGAUGGGAAAAGAUAAAGAUAGAAAUGUUAAAUUGAACAGUACGUAGUUUAUUUAUGAUUGAUUGUCAAAUUGCAUUUAGGUUUAUUUCAAAAAGCGAGUUUUGUUCCGGAUUUACAUUUUUUUAAUCUGAUGUGAGACAAGAUUUUCACAAAGACUUGCUUUGAUCAGUCUAAGACAAGACUUGGAGAACAGAGCAUACUGCAGCAUUAAGUGGUGAAUGAAAUACUCUAUAAUUAUCAAUGGCAUACUCGUGGAAUUUUGAUUUAGUGUUUGGAAGGUAGACUUUGUUAGAUAUAUUCGAAUUUAAUGGUACGUCCAUAAAUUAAAAAUUAGACCCCCUCCUUUCUUCCCCUCGAAUGUUACGGAUUAAACGAAAGAAUGACGGGAAACAAAAAGGGUGUCGAAAUUUAAAAUGUGUUCUGUGUUUAUUUUUAGAUUAGAUUGUAGUUCUGUAAAAUUCUGUUUUUGUCCCCUUUGUUAAUGAACUAAUUUUAAAACAGGGCUACUUGUUAUAUUUAGCAUGGCUAUGUAUGUAACUCUUUAAGUGGUAGUUAAUGUCAUGGGCUGAUUCGAUAACGGGGAAAUAAUGGGGGUUAUUUUUUUUUUAGUUUUUAGCAGUCUCGCGUUUGAUUGAUUUCUUGAGAUGAUAGCAUUAGUCCCGUAUAUGUAUUAAUUAAUUUAUUGAUCAGAAUUAUUUGUGUGUUUGAAAUGAAUUAAACUGAAAUAAUGA